UUUGGCCGAAUUUCAAUUCGGAAUGAAACGAAUCGCAUGUCUAAUAGAUGCUCUAUAUUGCUCUCUUAGGGAGACCUGUGGAUGUGGUUACACCAGAGAAUCCCAUUUUCAUGACACCCCCAGAUCCCAAUAGGCCACCUGAAAUCAAUUGGGACCCUCAGAAACAUGUCGAAGAAUUCCCCACUGAUGCACAUGGGGACAUGAUAUUUACAAGAACCACCAGGACCUUGGCCAAGUACGUGCGAGCAUCCUCCGACACUGAUCCCAGCAUAUUGUUUGAACUGAUGACAGAGCAGUGGGGCUGCAUGAACCAACUCUCCUCAUAUCUGUGACAGGAGGAGCCAAAGAUUUCAACAUCAGUCCAAGGCUGAAGACCCAGUUCAGCCGGGGGCCUUGUGAAGGCUGCACAAAGCACAGGGGCCUGGAUCAUCACUGGAGGGUCUCAUGCUGGGGUC